CGAGAAAGAAACUUAUUAUAAAUACUUCGACGCUUCUCUGUAGAUUCUCUCUCUCUCCAUGCUUCAUGCCUUCAUAGAUUCUGCGCGUAUCUUCCACUCUCAUCCUUCAUUAGUUUUCUUAUUUCAUCACAACCUUGUAAUCUGCCAUAAAAAUGGUGGUAGCUACGCAAGUUAAUCCAAUCCGUAUGGAAAAGAUUCGAGAAGUAGAUAUUCCAGUGAUCGAUCUUUCUUGCAGUCGAUCGAAAGUAGCAAAGCUCAUUGUAAAGGCUUGUGAAGAAUAUGGUUUCUUCAAAGUCAUUAACCAUGGUGUCUCUCAUCAUAUAAUAAAGGAAAUGGAAGAUGAAAGUUUUGAGUUCUUUGAUAAACCCUUACCCGAAAAGGAACUAUUUGGAUCCGGCAACCCCUUCGGCUAUGGUAGCAAGAACAUUGGCCUUAGUGGAGACACGGGAGAGCUUGAAUACCUUCUUCUUCCAACUAAUCAAAACGCCAUUGCUCAGACCUCCAAAUUCAGGUGUGUGGUGAGUAGUUAUGUCAAAAGUGUUAGGGAGUUGGCAUGUGAGAUAUUGGAAUUGAUAGCCAAAGGGUUGGGGGUCCCACACUCUUUAUUCAGCCACUUGGUCAGACACUUUGACAGUGACUCCCUUCUCAGGCUAAAUCACUAUCCACCUGUCACUCACUCCUUCCACCAUGGCAACAUCGGCUUCGGAGAGCACUCUGACCCUCAGAUCAUCACCCUUCUCAGAUCCAACGAUGCUCCUGGUCUUCAGAUAUCUCUCAGAAAUGGCCUUUGGCUUCCUGUUUCACCUGACCCACAUGCCUUCUGUGUCAAUAUCGGUGAUAUCUUGCAGGCUAUGACGAAUGGAAGGUUUGUAAGUGUGAGGCAUCGAGCCAUGGCUAACUUGUUACCUAACCAAUCUAGACUAUCGAUGGUUUUCUUUGGUGCACCCCCACCCGAAGCAACAAUCGCUUGCCCACCACAACUACUCAAACGAAAUAAGCCGAUUUACAAAACUUUCACUUGGUCUGAGUACAAGUCGCAUACCUAUGCUCACCGACUAGGUGAAACUAGGCUUGAUCAUUUCAAGAUUACUUAGGCAGAACAAAAUGUUUGUUGUAAAUCCUUUUUCUUUAGUUGCAAGUUUUGUAGAUCGAGAACAAUGUUUGAUUGUACUAUGUAGGUCUCCUAUUGUACAUUGUUUUGGAAUAUUAGUUUGGACUUAAACAUGUUUUUUCUGUCUAAUGCAUCCGGGAGUG